AUGUCUUCGGGUUAUACUUAUUACACGCCGUCCUCUCUGGCCGAUAACGACUCUGCCACGCCGGAGCGCAACCAACUAUCACAAGAAAGCCAUCUUACACCAAAUACCCUCAGUAACUCGGCGUCACCUGCACUUAACAACACACAGACACCAGAAGAAUCUCUAGAAGCUCUCAAUAACCAUUACCAAUAUCAACAAUUAGACUUCGCCAACAACGACGACCCGUUCUUUGGCGUCAACUUCUCUUUAAUCGAGGACGGUUCACCUUCCUUUCUCGAAGACGACUUCCUCCAGACAGCCAACAACAACCAUUUUCCCGACCGUACUUCAUCCGAACCAGUCCUGAAGACACAAAAUGCUCUGUUAGGUGCCAGUCAUCUCCCCAUGAGUCCAGAAAAGACGCCUUCAUUACAGACCUCUCCGAAUCUCGGAACCGGCUCCAACCAAGCAACCUUUCCGAAGCGCUCACCUAUUUCCGUCAAUACCCAAGAGGUCGUCACCCAUAGGCCAAAACAGCCAUCUCUUUCAGACUCGCAGGACAGCAGCCAAGCCGAGUACGAGUUGACGCCAGAAACCACCAAUAGCGCGGAGCUGGGUGACGACAGCUCUGUGCCCUCGAUCAACGUCAUGUCAGAGCAAAGUCCAAGGGUAACAGUCUCAAAUUGGGACAACAUCAACUCGUAUACCCUCAACAACGCUCAAUCCCAUGCUCUCCACCCCGGCGUCAAUGGAAACGACUUUGCCCACCAAACUUCCGACGGCAAUAUGUCCCAUUCAUCGACACUCGCACGCGAUGGGUCACUAUGCUGGGCCUCAGAUCAAGUCACUGGCCGAACUGGAGUAGCACCCGAUAACUGGUCCUCCGCCGAGGUACGCAGCGUAAACGAGCUUGCUGCCGAGAACCAAGUUAAAGAACAAAACGAGGAGGUCGACGCCUGGAUGGCCAAGUUGAGCACUGCUGGCCGCACAAAAUCGGGCUUCGUGGAUGUAAACCAGCCUUUCAUACAGCCUAUUGACCACGAUGACGAUAAUAUUGAUCCGAGGGAGAUCGGAGCCGAACCCUCGGAAAACAAGCAACUGUCAGGGCAGAUAUAUUUUACAGAAAAAGGCGGCAAAAUGACAGCGGAGGAUCGAGCCAUCAUCUCUGGGAACCGCAACUGGGCCGAUGCACCGCUGUCAUUCCCCAUCAUAUCUGAGCGACAUCAGCCAGAGACUUCCCAAGCUGCCAUUAACAGAUUUGAGCAAAUGUGCAAAGACAACGGCUCCAUCAUCUCGAGAGCGGCAACCUGGGGAACGAGGCGUCGCAGCAUUGGCACAAUAGACGCCGAGGUCGAAAACGCUGGGAACUUCCUCAAAAAGCUGUCUUUGAGCAGAGGAGAUUCUCUUCGCCGACCUAGUGCAAUCAUCCAAGAGCUCCGAGGUCUGGUUAGAAGACCCAGCAACGCCAAACGAACUCGGGCCGAAAAUGAAGAGGGCGCUUCCAACUCGACACGCUCGUCGGUGGACCACAAAGAAAGCCAGGGCAGCUUGAACUUGGCUCCUCCAAGUCGCACAGCAAGCCUGGGCAAGAAACAAUCGUUCCCCAGCAUCAACACUGCCUUGGUCGCCAUGGGAAGCAAUGUGGCAUCCAUUGCGACCGCGCACGCUAGGAAUGGUUCGAUCAGCAACACCCCCAUCACUUCUCCUAACGCCAAAAGUCCAGCACGGAACCUGAGUGUCAAUUUCUCAAACCGCUUCCGCAGCAGGUCGGACGCUUCCGCUCGCAAGGAGCCCAAUAAUGGUCUCGCAGGCUUAUUGAAGAGUUAUGGCGGCCCCCCAGCCCCUCUUCCCAGGCCUACUGCGGAACCAAAACCUUCUGCAGAGGUCAUCGAGAUUGACGAUGAUUCGGAUGAGGAAGAUGACGAGGAUGGGGAAGGAGACUCCAGCGCCGAUUCAAGCGCAUCGAUUCUCAACAUUCAGCCAACGAAAGAGGGUUUCGAGAAGCACUUUCUGGAGCUUCAUCCAAAGCUUCCCCCAACAAGCCAAUACCUGGUUGACCGCAUUGUCUACCAACAGACAGUUCGUUACAAGCACCUCUUGAACCUCAAAAAGGACCACGAACAGCAGCUCAUGAACAAGAGUUGCCCAUCUGGAUCCAAGUGCAUCAAAUCAGGCGGCAAGGCGAAGAUGUUGAAACCCGGCCCCAACGGUCGAGGGUUCACUGAGCGGUCUGAAGAUGACAUGCCACCCGGUGACAAAAUGAUCAACCCAAACCAAUUCCCUGCUAAUAUUCCCCCGCCAAUUACCAGGGACUUGCCUGCUGAGCUGGAGUGUCAGUUGUGCUUCCAAGGCAAGACACUCGGGAAACCCUCGGAUUGGACCAAACACGUACAUGAGGAUGUCUCGCCUUUUGCCUGUACCUGGGAACAAUGCAGAGACGGCAAUAAAACAUUCAAGCGAAAGGCCGAUUGGGUGCGCCAUGAAAAUGAAGGUCAUCGUCAUCUCGAGUGGUGGAAGUGCAUUGUCGACGAUUGCCACCACGAAUGCUACCGGCGGGACAACUUCCUCCAGCAUCUCGUGCGCGAGCACAAGUACGAUGAGCCCAAAGACAAGACAAAGGGGGCUAUCAGGAAGGCUGGCGGUGCGCGUCACCCGACCUGGCAGAUGGUGGAGAAGUGCCACCGAAUGAACACAACCACACCACGUCAGGAGCCGUGUCGGUUCUGUGGGGAACAGCUCCAGACAUGGAAGAAGUUGACAGUCCAUCUGGCCAAGCACAUGGAGCAAAUAAGCCUACCCAUCAUUAAGCUUGUGGAGCGGAUGGAGGUCGACCCUGAUACGAUCAUCAGUCCGGUGCAGGAACCUCCGCUGAGGCACUUCCCGCCUCCCAUGCCCCAAAAUAACGACAGAAGGCAAAGCGGACAGCCUCAUAUGCAGCAGCGGUUUGAUCCAGCGAUACAUGGCAUGAGCCAUAUGCCCAUGCGCCAAAUGCCCAUGUCUUAUCCCAGCACUCCACAGCAACACCAAGGCUUUGGGUACCAACCCUUUCCUCAGCCUGGCUACCAGCCAUUCGGCGAUCUCUCCCAAGGCAUGCUGGCCUCCGGAUCUAUGAACAUGCCCAUGGGCCAGCAACCCAUGAACCAAGCCUACCACAACCUGAUCACCACUCAACCAGUGUACACCACCAUGCCAAUGACCACCACAGCUGGCGGGUACGUGACUUCUCCCAUUUCCGCCUCGCAGAUGGGAGUCUCCUCACAGCUAACGACUCCCCUGAUGGGCACGCCGUUGAUGGGUGCGCCCCCUAACCAGGGGCAAUUCAUGGGCAUAUCCCCAGAUAGCACCAGCGGAACAGAGGCGUUUCCCGGGAUGGCCCUAAAUCUGAACAUGAACGCUCUAGGACUUCAAGAUCCUGUCUCGAUGGGAUACGGAACUAUGAAUAGUGGUGGUGGUGGGAUGAUGCUGGAUACAAGUCUCACUCCAACCCCAAGGCAGGGUGGUAGUCGACCGCAUUCGCAGAAUGGACACCAGCACCAUGGAUAUGGAAGACAACAGUCACAUGGACAUGUGAAUGCGCAGUUCAUGCCAGUGGGAGCACAAGGGCCUCAUGGGAAUGUGAGUCCGUUUGGGACGGCGCGUAUGCCAGGGCAGAAUGGAGGGUUCUACUGA